AUGGAAAAACGCACCAAUCUGGUCGAAUAUCUCUUCCUUCGGUUAACACAACUUGGAGUCUGUUCUGUGCAUGGAGUUCCAGGAGAUUACAACCUCACGAUCCUAGACUUUCUAGAACCCGCUGGCUUACAUUGGGUCGGAAAUGCAAAUGAGUUGAAUGCUGGCUAUGCGGCCGAUGGUUACGCCAGGAUCAAAGGAAUAUCUGCCCUGGUCACAUCGUUCGGUGUAGGAGAACUCUCAGCAAUCAACGCAAUAGGUGGUGCCUACUCUGAAAAGGCCCCCGUUGUCCAUAUUCUUGGCGACGGAAACCUUAGAGUCUUCGCAGAUGUGUACAAAUCUUUCACAGUGGCGCAGGCCAAUUUGGUUGAUGCCAAAACGGCACCGAGCCUGAUCGACGAGGUACUCAAGAAAUUCUUCUUACAGUGUCGACCGGUCUACAUUGAAAUUCCAACCGACAUGGUCGUCGCCGAGGUUUCACUUUCCUCCAAGCGUAUCGACCUAACACUAUUAGGGCAUAGCGAGCCACUUGAGAACGAAGCAGUCAGCGCCUUGGUUACGAAAAUGCAACAGUCGCAAAAACCCUUGAUUCUGGUGGAUGGGUUUGCUGCCAGAUUUGGCGUCCGGGACGAGCUCAACGAGCUGGUGCGACUGACUGGCAUCCCUACUCUGACGACACCGUUCGGGAAAAGUCUAGUAGAUGAAUCGCUGCCGAAUUUCCAUGGUGUAUUCAGCGGUUUAGCCGGUGAUUCUACCCACGCGGCCUGGGUGCAAAGUCGUGAUCUAGUGCUCCAUUUCGGUCCUCUGGGUUCGGACACCAACACAUAUGGAUUUACUGCGUGGCCAAAUAGUCAAGUUACUGUUUCUAUAGAGAAGAAUACGGUGGAAAUGAACGACCCACUUGAGGCGACGUCGUCCUCACGCGGCAUACAUAUCGGGUCUUUCUUGAACAAGAUGAUACGGGCACUAAAGCAAACAUUUUUGCCCCAGCACGAGCCAUUUCCACCGAACCCAGGACAUCCCCGGGAACUUCUGCAAGCUCUGGCACCGCCAGUACUUGAUGUAAAAGUGGAUCAAUACUCCUUUUGGCUACGCAUGUCUCAUUUCUUCCGCCCGGGCGACGUGGUAAUGACGGAAACGGGUACAUCCUCAUAUGGUGGCCAGUCGUUCGUCCUCCCAAGGCAAACGACACUGAUCAAUUCUUGCAUCUGGCUUUCGAUUGGCUACAUGCGUGCUGCAUCACAGGGAGUUGCUCUCACUCAGAGAGACAUGGACAAAGAAGGUAGCCGGCCACAAGGACGAACGAUUCUCUUUGAGGGUGAGGGUAGCCUCCAGAUGUCUGCGCAAGCCAUCAGCGAUAUCAUCAGGAAUAAGCUGGAUAUUGUUAUCUUUGUGAUCAACAAUAACGGAUAUGCGAUAGAGCGUCUUAUCCACGGAUUCAAUGCUAGUUAUAACGAUAUCCAACCCUGGUGUCACUUGGAGGCACCAAAGUACUUUGGUGCUCCGUUGGACAACGAAGUCUACCCAGUAAGGGUUAGAAGGAUUGAAACGUGGGGCCAGUUGGAAAUGGCUUUGAGCGACCCAGAGAUCCAAGAAGGCAGAGGGCUCAGCAUGGUCGAGGUUGUUGUGGGCAUCAGAGAUGCACCUAUAGCACUAACCAAGUUUGCAGACUAUCUCCGAGUGCGUAACAGCACGGGUUCACCCUGA